GUGGCCAGUGCGCCGGUCGCGGUCGCUCAGUGCAGUGAAGUAACAUAAAACUUUGUUAUUUUACGUAGAAAUGUGUUGUCGUGAUUAGUGAGUGAUUGAAUUUUAAUUGUAGGACAAUAUGACCAGUGAGAAAAUAAUGAAAGAACGUUGGGAGCAGCUGGGUCUGCCACCGAUGGAGUUAGCAGAAUCCUCAGAAAAUAGUCGCGAUAAUAAUGGUUUUUACAGAUGUUUCCUCCCCACAUUACAAAAAGUAAUGGUUAUGUUGUUACUGACAAUAUUUGGGGUAGGAACUUAUGUCUUACUGAUAAAAAUAUCCGAGAGCUAUGAUAAUGGAAGAAAUACCGAGAUUAUUAUAGUCACAGGGAAUAGUGAACUCCCAAACGUAACAGUUCACAACAUGGAAAUAUUUCUACAAUUAAAAAAUGAAACAUCAGACAAGAAACUGAAAUCAGAACCAAAACGCAUAAGAAAAAAACGAAGCGCAAUCACUCCAAGCGACUCAUCGUUACUCAUGGUCGAUCCCAUCGAAAAUUUAAAUGAUGAACAAAUACAAAAGGCAAGAGAAAUAAUAUUAAAACAUGACCUUUUAUGUAACAAUGACAACCAUCAAGAAAUAUGUAAAAACUUCGUCUCCAAAUUGAAAGCAAUCGUACACAGUGAUGAUAAAACCAAAACAAAAGAAGAUCUAUCUAGAAUUAAUUUGAAAUUAAAUCAAAACGAUGAAAAUGCUAACGACAGUAAAAUGAAAAAUGAAGAAGUUGCUCCAACAGAUCUCACUAAACGACAAGCAUUGCCUACCAUGAAUAUCGAUAACAUUAUCGAAGCUGUUCCUUCAAUACCAGUUGAAGGCAGAGGCGCGGCUCCAUUCACUAAUGCUAACACUAUGUCGCAGUCACAUUCAGAUCCACCACAGAAUAUUUUAUUAGCUCGACUUCUAAAACAAAACUGCCCUCACACAAAAGGGAUUUAUGAGCCAACAUCUGACUACUUAGGAACACAUUAUGACCAUCCAUUAAUGCAUCAUACUAGGUUUUUAUCCCCGCCCAUGCACACCCCUUAUCUUCAUGAACGGGAUAUAGACAUGCAUAGACAAAAGAUACAUCCUCAAGAUAUUGAUAUCAUCUUGAGCAUGUUGGAAUCAAAAUCAGAAGCGGCAGCAACGAAACGUACCUCUAAUUCAUCUCGAGAAACAUCAUGUCCGUCGGGCACAAUAUCUUGCGCGAGUGGAGACGCUUGUAUUGACGAAAAGCAGUGGUGUGAUGGCAACGUCGACUGCAUUGAUGUCAGCGAUGAAGCUUCUUGCACCUGCAAAGAGAGAGUCGAUAAGUCACGACUUUGUGACGGAUAUUUCGAUUGUCCUUUCGGAGAAGACGAAAUGGGUUGCUUUGGUUGCAGUGAAGAUAAGUUUAGCUGUGAGGAUUUAGACAUGAGCUCCCGAAGUACUUGCUUUAGCAAAGAACAGCGAUGCAAUAAUUUCGUUGAUUGUCCCAACCACAAAGAUGAGGUCGAAUGUAACAUGCUAGCUCCCAGUCUUCUUAAAAAGCCUUUAUUUGCCAUUUCGAACACUGAAGGAUUUUUACACAGAAAUUUCAAAGGAAACUGGUAUGCAGUUUGCGAAAAUCCUUACAUGUGGGCUCAUGACGCUUGCCGGAGGGAAACCGGCCUGAUUAUAAGGCCACCGAUCAUACAAGUAGUUCCCAUAGACCCCAUGAUAAAGAUAGACUACCUGAACACUGGUCCCGGCGGUUUGAUGCAAACAAGCGACACAUGUAUGAACUCAUCAGCAGUGUACGUGCAUUGUCCCGACAUGCUAUGUGGAACCCGAGUGCAGUCUACGUCACAGCUACUUAGAGAGAACGCUGCGAUCGAAAAUCAUCUGUUCGGAAGAAACAAAAGAUAUCUGUUACCGAGCCAUCCUUACUCUUUGAUGUUUUACGGCAACCGCAUGAAAAGGAAUAUAGACAGGACCGGUUCUAAGAUGAAUUACGGAAUUAAAUUCGAUACAUUCAAGAGAGACGGCUUUGGAACAAUGAGGAACAAAAGGACAGAGAGUAGGGUAGUGGGGGGAAAGCCCAGUCAGCCUGCAGCCUGGCCUUGGAUGGUAGCUCUGUAUAGAAAUGGCAUGUUCCAUUGUGGAGGAGUCGUUAUAACACAUAGUUGGGUGGUGUCCGCUGCUCAUUGUGUUCACAAAUUCUGGGAUCAUUACUACGAGGUGCAAGUAGGAAUGCUGCGUCGUUUUUCAUUCUCGCCACAAGAACAAAGUCACAAAGUGACCCACGUCAUAGUCAAUCAACAUUACAGUCAGACUGACAUGAAAAACGAUCUUUCUCUAUUGAGAGUCGAACCCGCUAUUCAAUAUAGUCGUUGGGUGCGACCGAUAUGCUUGCCCAGUCCCGAUACGGCGGGCCCUGAUUGGCUAUGGGGCCCAUCUCCGGGUACUGUGUGUACCGCUGUCGGUUGGGGAGCUACGACCGAAAAAGGACCCGAUCCCGACCACAUGAGAGAAGUAGAAGUACCUAUUUGGGCCAAAUGUAAGCACAGUGAAGAUCAAGCUGGCAAAGAGAUUUGUGCUGGUUUUGCUGAAGGUGGCAAGGAUGCGUGCCAGGGCGACAGUGGAGGGCCUCUUUUAUGCAGAAAUCCUUUGAAUUCCCAACAAUGGUACAUGGCAGGGAUCGUAAGCCAUGGUGACGGGUGCGCUCGGAAAGAUGAGCCGGGCGUUUACACUCGAGUCAGUCUCUUCGUGAAAUGGAUUAGAUAUCAUAUUUCAUCCAAGAAUUUGCCCGUUGUCCAACCAAUACAAGAAUGCCCCGGUUUCAAAUGCGAAACAGGAAUAUCUAAAUGUCUUCCGAAUAAACGAAAAUGUGAUAAAAUCGUAGAUUGUUUGAACGGAGAAGAUGAAACUAAGUGUGAAUUUACUAGAACAGUGUCUACACUCGCCGAUGAAAUAUUUAAUUUAAAUGCAGGUAGUACAUUAGGUUUAUUAGAAACAAAAGAGGCGCAAUCUGAACCCAUGAAAACUGCAGAAAGUAAUUUAUCUAAAAGUAUUGAAAAUAUAGAAGAAAUAACAGCCGCAACGACGCAGUUGAAUGAGGAUACCACAACACCUUCAAUUACAGAAGAAGAAAUUACUACUUCAACCGAAAGUUCAACAACUCCUAAAAUCAUUACAUCUGAACGCAAAAGCGACAGUUUUGAAUCAACUACAGCCAAUGACUCUAAUAAACAGGAACUUAAAUCUAAAAAUGAUAACGGAAUCAAUGAACAUAAAAAAGAACACCUGACACCUACUACACCUGACUUCGAACAUGCAUCGACUCUCGAAAUCUUAAAUGAAGCAAGCUCAGAAAACAUUCGAUCUUCACAAGAAACAGGCACAGCUGACCCUUUUAGUUCAAUAAGUACAGAUCCUACCGAUUCAAGUCGAGGAGAUAUGGAAAUGAUUACAAUGGAUAUAUCCAGAGAAUUGCUAGAAUCUGGAUCCUCAGUACUGCAACAUGUUGUAGCAACUACUACACAAAAAACAUUUUCUGAAGAAGAUACCACACGUAAUGAUUUCUUAGAACAUAACUCCGAUAGUAAUGAUUUGAAUGAAAAAAUAAUUGAAACAUCGACCUCUGUUCUUGAAAAAAAUGAUAUUGAAAAAGAAGAAAUUACUACUCCCUUUAGUCUUUUGGAAAGCACGGAAGAAAAUCACCAAAAGAACAAAGAUGAAAACCUACCUGCGAACUCCAAUUCCACAGAAAACGACCAGGAUACUUCAGACACAAAACUAAUAGAUAUAGUUAAUAAUGAAACAACCAAUGAAUUUGAAGAUAACACUACAGUAACAAAAUCACCUGAAGAUAAAUCAGAUGUUAAAAUGAGUGGAGAAAUACUCGCUACAAAUCCCACUUCAACAGAAGCUGCUCAGCAACCUACUGAAACAAAUGUUAUGGAUGACGUAAAGAAUGAAACUAGCAAUGAACUUCAAGUUGAUCCACCGGUAACGAAGCUACCUGAAUUUGAAAAUAAAACAGACGUUAAGACGAGUGAAGAAACGCUUGCCAUAAAUCUACUUCCAAACUCUACUUUAGAAGAGGACCAGGAAGCUAGUGAAACAAUGGAUGAUAUAAAAGAAAUCACUUCAACUGAACUGCAAGAAAAACCAGUUAAGAAACUACCUGAAGAAUCAGCAGUUAAGAAACUAGACUUUGAAGAUAGUUCAGAUAUACUUAAUGUUAUAGAAGACGUUGGUACUUCUGAGAUUGAACCAGCUAAAUUAAGAAGGAAACAUCGUGUUCCUAGCGAGUUUGAAUGUCGACGUAUUGAACAAAGAAUACCUUACUAUCAGCGAUGUGACCGUAAGGCGGAUUGUGAAGACGGCACUGAUGAGCUUGACUGUACAUGCACUGACUUCAUAUCUACAUUUGAUGAGACACUCAUAUGCAACGGAGUUAUUGACUGUGCAGAUGGACAGGAUGAAUCUGAUUGCUUCAGCUGCCCAGAAAAUCAUUUCUUGUGUAAACGCAGUCGAUUAUGCUUGCCAGAAAAACAUGUUUGCGAUGGAAAAGCUGAGUGCCCAGAAGGGGAAGACGAACUUAAUUGCUUUGCCUUAUCUGACAGCGUGGCUAUGGAAUUUGAUUUAGACGGCAAACCGCUAGUGAAUUUAGAAGGCUUCCUUACGAAGAAACAUUUGAACGACUGGCAUGUUGAGUGUGUCGACAACCUAUCGCUUGAACAGCAAGAGCAGGCUGCUACACAUAUUUGCCGUUAUUUAGGAUUUAGCUCUGCAAAUACGUACAACGUGAAAUACAUAAACCUCAAAGAAGAUGAAAUCUUGGAACGCAGUUUAGACAACAAAAGGACUCGACGAGAUACCAUGGCGCGAGUUCCAGUACACUUCGCCUACAGGCAGGAAAGUGUUGAAAACGACACUUCCCGACAUAUCAUUAUAAAAGAGCCUCAAGUCAUAAAAGAACAAUGUGUACCGAACAUUACAAAAACUUGCAAAUCUUUAUACAUCUCCUGUGAUAAUUCACUUUUUACUCAGUUUGAUGAUUUCGAUAAUAUGUUGUUAAGAGAUUCGGAAUCUGUGAGUAAUCACGCUUGGCCGUGGAUUGCUAAAGUUUUUACUGAAGGCGAUUAUAAGUGCACUGGAGUUUUAGUCAAUCUAUCGUGGGUUUUAGUUAGUGAUUCAUGUCUUUGGGAUUCUACACUGUCUCAUCACUACAUAACAGUUGUACUAGGAUCGCAUACAACUUUAGGGGUUAUGAACGGCAUGCACGAACAAGUUUAUCAAGUAGAUGCCAAGAGAGAUGUGUAUCGUAGUAAGGCAUCGUUAUUACAUUUGAAGAAACCUGCACACUACUCGAAUUCUGUAAAGCCAAUGGUGGUUGCAUUUUCCUAUCCUUUAGAACAGAACGCAACGUGUGUAGCUGUCGGUCAAGAUGACAAGAAUACUACAAUAAGCGUGUUUCUAGAAGAAACUUAUGAAAACUGCCAUCCAAGCAACCGUUGCUUCAAACGAAAAUCUAGUGAAAGUCUUUGUCCGCUCGAUCGCUUACACCGCCACUGGGCCGGUAUAGUGAGCUGUCAUACCAACCAGGGCUGGUACCCAGCAGCCACAUUCGUUGAUGGCAGAAGUGAAUGUGGACUCGGAGAUCACAUUAACGCUACUAAUAUUGAAAACCUUAAAAGCGAAAUCAAGCAUCAUUAUCGCAAGAAGACACUACCAUCUCUAACAGAUAAGGAGCACAGCGAUAUCUGUGAAGGCAUACGCUGCGGUCGUGGCCGAUGCAUACCCUCACUGCAAGUGUGUGAUGGCGUGAGAGACUGCGAAGAUGGCAAUGACGAGUCUGAGGACGCUUGUAAAAUGAAACAUACGAUGUGUGAUAAAGACCCUUAUCAUAGAGGAUGUGAAUGCUCAGUAGGCCAAAUGAAAUGCCGCAACGGCAAGUGCAUAUCGAAGGAACUAUUCAAGGACGGGAACGAUGAUUGUGGAGACAGAACCGAUGAGCCAGGACAGACGACAUGCUCCAACUACCUGGCUAGAGUGAUGCCUUCGCGACUGUGUGAUGGUGUAUUGCACUGCCAUGAUAAAAGCGAUGAGGAUCCUGUGUUCUGCAAGUGCUUUGCUAAGAGGACUUUCAAAUGUGGUGCAAAAUCGGGCGGCGUUGAUCACUGCGUGGCUCCGGACACGGUGUGUGAUGGUGUUCGCGACUGUCCUAAUGGAGAAGAUGAACAGAACUGCAUUGGUCUCAAUGCUCCACGUGGAACACCAUAUGGAACAGGACAAGUAAUAGUCUGUUCCCACGGCGUAUGGCACUCCAAGUGCUACCCCACACAAAACCAUACCAAAUCAGAAUUAGAAGCCAUUUGCUCCGAAGUGGGUUUCAUCGGCGGUCACGCGAAACAAAUCAAACAAAUGGAAAAUUUCGUUCCCUACAAUAAUCUAGUAAUAGAUACUUUCAGCGAUAUUGUUCUAAACAAUAAUACUGUAUUGAAAAUGAGGAAUGCUCAAGAGCCCAUAGCUAAACCUGUCUUUGAUAAAGAACUGAAGAAUUGCUACCCAGUUUUCAUAGAAUGUCGCUGAUUAGAUGUUCGUAAUUAUUUAUUUUUAUUUAUUGAUAUUUAGUGUA